CGUUCUCGUGAUUCGUGAACGCAAAGCAAAUCGAUGAUAUUCGGAAAUCGACAUCGCCUCGCAAUUAAUCAGCCAGUACUGAUAUACGUUCUGUAGGAUGAAAAUAGAAGCAGAGCCGAGAGACCGAUUAUAUACAUAUACACGUAAUAAAUUAUACAUAUAUUUCAUAAAUUUAUAUAUACAUAUGAAAUAUACGUAUGUAUUACAUGCAUGUGUUUAGCACACAUACAUGUAUAUGUAUAUAUACGAAAGAUCCUCAUUUUGUAACGGGUGUCGACAAAAUAGUAGUGCGCAUAACCUAUUUUAUCGCUCACCUCCGCUACAUAACCUUCGUCCGUCAGGAAAAAACGUGCGGCUUGUAUGAUGAAAUCGCGACAAUGAUUUUUUUGUUUGAAUCGAACCGAUGACGAGUUUUUCGUGAAUAAUCGUCGAUUUUGUGUUCUUACGAGGAAGAAACGUUAUUGGACGUUCUACCGAGAAUUAUUGCAUUUUUCGCUCAUGUCCGUUUUUUUUAUCAUUGAUUCCACGUGUUCCAUGUGAAGAAAAUUUUGUACGAACACACAUUACUUCACGCGCAAACAAGUGAUAUUGUUUUUGUUGCCAAAAAAUCUGAAAAAAAAAAAAAAUGAGCCUCGCAAUGCUUCAAAGACUCGCGAUAUCGAGCUGCAGAAAUAAAAUCGACACGGACGCUUCCUGGAGGAUUCUAUCGAGUGUUCUGUGGAAAAAGACACAAUCACCUGCGUAUAACAGGUGCAUUGUUCACACGAGACUCGUUCACAACUUCGCGGUUCAUUUGCAGAAGCACAAGUUGCAGGAGAGCGAAGUCUUGGAGAACGUGUCUACGUUCCAAAUCAAAAAGAGAUCGCCCAGGAGAAAUGUUUUAAGUGACGACAACACAAUUCCCAAACCUAAUACCUGGAGAGUGAAAGCCUUGGCCACCGCAGAAGAGUACAACUUGGAAGCUUUGGUUUACGGCCUGUUAAAUCAGCAGUUGUACAUACCUAUGAAAAUUUCCACGUCCAAUACUUCUGUUUCUGACGUCGUACACGCGAUUGCUAAGUACGAAGUAGGGUACGAGCCACGAGAAAUAUUUUUCUUCCGAGAAGGUAGCAUCGUCAUGUGGAACAUUUCCGAUCUCGAGUGCGGCAAUAUAUUGCAGUUCUUGAAAAAUUACGAGCAACAUCGGUAUUCAGACGAGCUGGUUAAUACCGAGAGCGAAUUGAUGAAUUACACUUAUGCUGAUUCCGGGAAGAGAAGUCACUUAAAGGAUGGCGAUAUUGUCUUGGCGCAGGAAGCUGAAAACUUGGACAAGUACACGUUCUCCAAUGCUAUGGCUCAGUCCGUGAAACUGGGCAUCUGGGAAGCGUCGUUGAAUCUUUACGUCGAUUCUAUCGAGUUUGUUACGGAGGAUUUGAAGAGCGGCAGGCAGCUACGAAUGACGCAACAGGAGGUGUUGAGAAAACAGGGCGAACUGUUCGCGCUGAGGCAUCGGAUCAACUUGAGUUCGGACCUGCUCGACACGCCCGACUUCUACUGGGAACGAGACGACUUGGAACACUUGUACCAACAGAUCUGCGGAUACUUCAGCAUCGCGAAACGCACAAGAGUGAUGAACGAGAGAUUGAAUCAUUGCUUGGAACUGGUUAGCAUUUUGUCGUCGCACUUGAGCGAUCGUCAUCACGUUCGUUUGGAGUGGAUGAUUAUCGUUCUUAUUAUGGUAGAAGUCGCUUUUGAAGUCCUACAUUACGUUGAUCGAUACCUCGGAUAAGUCCUAAGUAAUUCCAGGUAGUAUCAUGUAAACAGUUUCAAAUAAAUAGAUAAAUAACAAAUUAUAAGACUAUUGUGGAAAUGUA